ACCAUAAAUGCAAUCCCGCUGGAACAAUACUGAAGCGAGGAAGUUACAGUUAAAAUCUGAAUUUAUACAAAAUGAUUUCACAUAUUAAAAUUAUUGGUGUUUAUUUAAUGAUUAUCAUUGUCGUUUGUGGAAUCGACCGUGAAUAUGAAUUGACUGACACUGAAGAUGAAUUGAAUUACAAUGAAGAAGGAAUCGGCAGUGGUGGCAAUAAAAUAGAUCUGUCUAAAUGUGAACGUUUGAGAACCUACAAUGACUCCUAUAUAUUUUACCCAGCGAAGGACAUAAAAACUGAAACGGGAUUUUUCUUAAAAUUCAACGUAAAAGCUAAACGUGGCGUUCGAAUCAUAUUUUCUCCAACAAAUCAAUCCGCGAACGGUGAUCACAAAGUUUUUGAAGUAUUCAUUUAUAGCGGUGGUGACAACAGUAGUAUUUCAGUGAUACGAACUAGGCAAAAUUCAAAAAGCAGUACACAUACACACUUUGAAGAGAACAUGCUGUCACCUAUGAAAUGGCGUCAGUUUUGGAUUCGAAUCAGCUCAGAUGGAACAUUAAUUGAAGUCGGAAAGAAAGGCAGCAUUCCGUUCAUGUCUUCGAGAACGGAGCCUCGACUAAUCGAGUAUUAUGGAUUCGCUAGCGAAAACAAUUUCGUUAAUUAUGCCUUUCUGUGUUUUGAGAGAAAUAACGGAGGUGUUUCCCAGUACCGAACUUUAACAACCUACGAUCAUGCUUACACGUUUUAUCCAAUUGAAAAUAUAAAAAAUGAUGACGUAAUUUUUUUGGAAUUCGUUGUAAAAACUGAUCAAGACGCUCAUAUUAUUUUUUCCCCGACCAAUGAAACGGCGAAGACGGAUGAGAAAGUUUUCAAAGUAACUUUAGGUGGAUAUACUACUAAUACGAUUUCAACCAUCAAAACCUCUGAAAACGAUGAACCAGGAAGCGAAUAUCACGAAAAAGAUAUAUUAUCGCCCGACGAAUGGCGUCAGUUCUGGAUUCUAAUUACUCCUGAUGAAACAUCAAUUGAAGUUGGAAAGAAAGGAAGCUCCGCUUUCAUGUCUUUGGAAAUGGAGCCUACGUUGAUUAAGUAUUAUGGGUUUGCUAGUGGUGACAGUUUUGCCAAUUGGGCUUUUCCAAAUCUUCAAAACGCUGACACAGUAAGAAAUAUGAGCGGACUCGAAUGCAUUUUCGAUUCGGAAUGUCCACAAAACAAAGCCUGCAUCGGGAAAAAAUGCCGAGAUCCGUGCGAUGGAAUGUGUGGUAAAAAUACGAAAUGUGGUGUAGACAGUCAUGUACCUACAUGCAGUUGCAAGGAUGGAUUAUUUGGAGAUCCGUUAACAGAAUGUGUUGAAGAAGAAAAUCUUCCGAAAUAUACAAGUAUGACGAGCAUGGGAUUCCGGUUGACAAUGUAUCCGAUCGGUGCUAUAAAAAAAUCGAACGAAAUUUUCAUGAAUUUCAAUGUGAAAGGUGAAUCUGCUGUGAUCUAUUUUUCCUCAACAGAUCAACUCAAGGUGAAGGAUGCAAAAUAUGAGUAUUUCGGUGUGAGUUUGGGCAGUGAAGCGGACAACGAUUCAUUUAUCAUUUCACCUAGAAUGAGUGAUUCCAAUAAACUGCUUCAUAUUGAGGAAGACCCAAUAAUAUCAACUAAAGAAUGGCGCCAGUUUUGGAUUCGAAUUACUCUAGAUGGAUCGUCAAUUGAAGUAGGUAAAAAUGGGAAACCUGCAUUCAUGUCUUUGAAAAUUGAGCCUCAGUCACUGGAGUAUUUUGCAUUCGCUAGUGAAGAAGUUUGUCGCUGGAAAUUGCUGUGUUCCAAGGACACCAACACAGAUCUUCUCCGGUAUAGAACUCUAGCAAAAAGCAGCAGAUCAUAUCCCUACUCUAAUUAUUAUUCGAUCAUGGAUAUAAAAAAUAAUGAUGAAAUAUUUGUGAAAUUCGACGUGAAAGCACAAAGCUGUCAAAUCGUUUUUAUUGAAAACUUUCCGAAUAUUAAGGGUUAUUAUUUAAUAAUAUAUUUGAAUGCUUAUAAUCAUACAAAUGGUCACCGGUACUCAACGAUAUUCUCAAGAGAACACGCCACUACACAUUAUGAAGAAAAUAUCAUAUCGCCUGACGAAUGGCGUCAAUUCUGGGUUCGAAUCACACCAGACGGAUCAUCGAUUGAAGUCGGCAAAAAUAAGCAACCCGCCUUCAUGUCUUUAGAAACAACGCCUAUGUCAAUCAAGUACUAUAUAUUCUUGGUGAUUUGCACGAUUUCUCGAGUACAACUUAUUGGGUUUUUCCUGUUUUUCCAAAUCGUCCCGAAAAAAGCAAUGUAUUUAUAUUUCUAUAACUACUCGUACAAAAUAACUGGCAUUGGAAAAGAUGAACUUCACAAUAUUUCAAACCAAACCAUUUUGCUUCCAUUCAAUGAGUCCGAACGGAUUCAUAAAAUCGCGGAAGUGAAAAAUUAUCUAAUAUUAUACCUACUAUUAUUAAGUAUAUUUUGUAUAGGCAAUUGUUCUGUAAAGGAUAUGUGAUUAGACGAAGGUAUCUUGUAUAAUAAUAUUAACAAAGGAAACCUUUACAGCUAUACAACUCGUUAACUCCGAUCGAGCUGGAAUUUGGCUCGCUGUUCGCUGAGCAUGUCACAGACCUCAAAACCAAAUUUUCAACUGCCGAAAUUGAUUUUACGAUUUUUGGUGAAUUUUUGAAAAUAGGUAAAAUAGCCCAUCUACUAAAGAAGAAAACAGAGAGAUGAAACAAUUGGAAUUAAUUGACCCCCCCCCCCUGUUUCGAUCGAGCCCAUUUUCCACCGAUCUGGAGCUUCCAGCAAAAGUUGACUUUUCUCCGGUAAUUUCACAUCGCUCCAGAAAGCGUUACAAUCAACUUCGACAGCUGAAAAUUUGGUUUUAAAGUCUGGAUGACAUGCUUUUUCAGUGAGCCAAAUUUCAGGUCGAUCGAAAUUGACUGGUUGUAGAGAUUCUCUUUGUAAUUAUGUACCUAAUUAAAACUUAUAUGUACCUAGCUUAUAAUGCUUUCUUUUGGUUCAUUUUAUUCUCCAUUGUUCUUAUUGUUAGUAAUAAAUAAAGUAUGUUAUGCAUUA